AUGUCUGUCAAGUUCCAGGAAAAGGUGACAACUCGCACCAGAGCCGUCGGGGCCGAAGACCUGACGCAUGAGUUGGCGCACAAGGUCGGCGAGCGCCUGACGGGCGGCGACACUGCCCAGGGCUAUCUUGCGGCCUACUUGAAGCAGCUGCAAACCAACCCGCUGCGCACCAAGAUGCUCACCUCUGGUGUGCUCUCCGGUCUGCAGGAAUUCAUCGCCUCGUGGCUCGCCCAUGAUGUCAGCAAGCAUGGCCACUACUUUAGCUCGCGCGUGCCAAAGAUGUCGCUGUACGGAAUGUUCAUCAGCGCUCCGCUGGGCCAUGUGCUCAUCGGCAUUCUGCAGAAGAUCUUUGCGGGGCGCACGAGUCUGAAGGCCAAGAUCCUCCAGAUCCUGGCCAGCAACUUGGUUAUUGCCCCCAUCCAAAACGGCGUCUACCUCACCAUGAUGGCCAUCAUCGCCGGCGCUCGCACUUUCCACCAGGUGCGCGCCACCGUCCGCGCCGGUUUCUUGCCAGUCAUGAAGGUCAGCUGGAUCACAUCGCCCCUUGCUCUGGCCUUUGCCCAGAAGUUCCUGCCCGAGCACGCCUGGGUGCCCUUCUUUAACAUUGUGGGCUUCUUCAUUGGCACAUAUGUCAACACCCACACCAAGAAGAAGCGUCUCGAAGCCCUGCGACGACAGUACGACCAGCGCCGGGGGGACCGACCCGGUGACUACGGCCGUCGCGACUAUUAG